GUCAUUGUCCCGCGAAACCGAACCGACUAAAACGUCACGAACGUUGCCAGUGUUUUAAUUAUUGAAACGUGUAUCGCUCGGUUACCCGGAGACGGUUCGGAGUAGCUGUUGCUACGGGAGACCCAGUCCUGGAAACGCAGCACGAGCCCACUAACGGAAUAUCCCGGCGAGUGACACACAAAACAACUUUUAGAGCAGCUUCUUCGCACGUUUAGGUCCAGAAGCAGUCAGUCACGGAGGAGGACGAGGCUCCACGAAGCGUCUUCAGCAGCAUGUCCGCGCUCUCCGCUAAGCCCGGCGUGCGCCACAGUGUGUCCGACUGGUCCAACAACAACCAGCUGCUGUCGGCCACGGCUCAGCACCAACGGCACCUGUCCAGCGCCAUCCGGCAGGAAGGGAGGUCGCUGCGGAACGAGACCAGCUGCAAGACAACCUGGGAUGAGAGCGAGACCUCCCACCGGCUGAGGGACCGGGUUUGGGAUGUUGCUCGGUGGAAAGACGCGUUAGAGGCCUGCGCACAGAAAGUGGACGAGGAGAUGGAAGCUCUGACUCUGUCUAAGGAGCAGGCGGAGCAGGCGCUGGCUGCUACGGUCGCUCCUCUGGAGGUCAGCACCGAGUGUCUGACGCUGAGGGAGGGGCGCCGCGGCCACGAGCUGGUGGCCGACCCGGUGGAGGAGCAGCUGAAGGCGGAGGCGGCCCUGACGGAGCGCGUGCAGCAGGUUCUGCAGCAGCAGGUGGACCGAGCCUUCGAGCAGCUGUGCGCUCUGCAGGAGAUUCGCCACCAGCUGACCUCUGACCUCCAGAACAAGAUGGACGCUCUGGACACCGACAUGUCCUGCCUGUCGCUCACGAUAAAGUCGCCUCAGAUCUCCCUGAAGACCAACCCAACUCGCAUCCCAUCAGGUUCCUCCACCCCCCAGGAGUGGGUCCAGUUCAGCCAGCACAACGUGCUCCGGGCCCAGGAGGCAAUGCAGGCGUCCCAGAAGAUGAGGGAGGACACGAGCCUCGUCAGGGCCCAGCUGCAGAACGACCUGGAGACCCAGCGGAGGGCCACCGAGUUCGCCCUUCGUAAGCGCAAUCACCACGAGGAGCAGGCGCGCGAUGAGCUGGAGUGGCAGAUAGAGAAGACGGAGGAGGAAAUGGCUGAGAUGGAGGCCGACAUCCACGGGCUGGACGCGGACCUGCAGGCCAAGACCGGCUCCCUGAAGCUGGCUCACACCAGGCUGGAGGCCAGGACCUGCAGACCGGGCAUGGACCUGUGCAGAGACGAGGUGCAGCACGGCCUGGUCAGCGAGGUCCAUCAGCUGGAGGCCACCAUCACGGCGCUGAAGCAGAAGCUGUCUGAGGCCCAACACUCCCUGCAGAAGAUGAGGCUCCAUCACACGCUCAUGCUGCAGGACCUGUCCAGGAAACAGGAAGCUCUGUCCCUGGAGCAGCGGAGCAUGGCGGCCCGCCGCCGCCUGGCGCCCGCCUCCGGCCCGGCCCGGGAGCCGGCGCUGCCGGUGCCGCUCGCCAACUCCAGCGGGAGGAGCAGCCUGCAGCUGCUGCAGUAGGAGCCGGAGCCGACUCCACGCGUGUCUGCGCAGAUGUUUGCUUCCUAAUUCAACAUCCACUCGUGUUGGUUUUUCUGGCUGAAUAUUUUUAUGCGUUUGAAGAGUUCGGUGACUGCACACAAAAUAAAAGCUGGUCUGGAACGGCCCUUCCUUUAUCGAC